AUGAACUAUGCAUUGCUGGCGAUCAAUUACAAGGUGAGUGGUGAUGGGCUGUGCACCGCCACAGUGUUUGGACGUGCCACAGGUGGCGGGCGCAUGCUCAUCGGCAACAACGUCGACAUGCUGCAUGUCUUGCUAGGAGCACUGCUCAUAAUCGCAGUCCGUGGACAAGAUGGCUGUGAAGACAGAGACUACAAAUCGGAGAUCGGCCUAGACUUCCGCAUAACCUGCACGAGCAACGCUCCAGGGAACGACAUCAGGAACAACCCGGCGUCAAGCCUCGAGUCGUGCAUCGACCAAUGUGCGGUAGCUCUUGGUGACAGCAACUCCGACGUUGCCUGUCGAGCUGUCUCAUAUAAUGUCGAGACAAAGCAAUGUUAUCGCAAAGAUGGCAAUGUGACCUCUAAUUUUGUCUUCGAGGCAGAUACCAUCACCGCCAUAGGAGACGCCGCGCCCUUUCAACUGGACGCGAGCAGCUCCCCAUGUCCCGAUGGGAACGGAACGGUCCAUACCGACGACAAUGGCAUGGACUAUUCAGUCAUUUGCGGCACAUUCUGGAGCGGCAACAAUUUCGAUCCGGGCGAUGAAGGCGAAGGUGCGUACCAGCCAUUCCAUGCCGAUACUCUCAACGACUGCAUGAGCUAUUGCUCAGCGAAUGCUCCGCUAUGCUAUGGGGUGCGCUGGGAACAGUCAGCGACGAACUUCUAUCGCAACUGCUGGCCGAAGAAACAGAACGCGACCCACGCAGACAGUAAGCUUGCUCCUGACUCGUUCGCGAUCGCUGCGGUUGGGCGUCUGCAGGUCAACAGCACCUGUACUGGCUCGGACAAGAAUUUCACCGCCAGCAACGGCGCAACUCUGAAGCAGUUGUGCGACAGCAGUGCUGACGGUCCGGAUCUUGAGGUCGUCCACGCUGGGAACUAUGAAGACUGUAUGGACAAAUGCGCCACUUACAAGAGCAACGAUGGCGGCAAUACAUAUUGUGGAGGCAUCACAUACCAGCCAGAUGCAUCACAGGGUUUCCGCAAUUGUUACCUCAAAUAUGCGCUCAGCAAUGUCACCGCCAUGCCCAGUUGGCACAUAGCGACGCUCGAGACGAGAGGCGGUGAGCAGGAUGAUGCGGCUGGUGGUCAAAGCCAAGGCGAGGGAACCACUCAGAACAACCAAGAGAACGGCUCUGCGUCUCAAGGCAACGAGGCACCGGCCCAAGAAGAAGAGGGCUCAAGUAAGACUUGGAUCGCUGGGGCUGUCGCUGGUCCAGUGGUAGGUCUAGCUGCUAUUGCCGGACUGGUCUUCUGGUACCACCGACGGAAAAAGGCGAGAGCACCGGCGUCAAAUCAUCAAGACCACACCGACCACAAGCCGAACGCUGCCGACACAUAUCCUCUCAACGCUGGUGCGAAAUACUACAGUCCGCCCAUGGAUCAUGGGUAUAAGUAUGACCCAGCAGCCAUAACGCCGCCACCUCCGUUCAGCCCUUAUGUCGAUCGAUCGCCGCUGGUAGAGAUGCCGCAGGCCGGAAGACAUGUGGUGGAGCUGCCAACGGCUAGCAAUGUAAGGCAUGAGCUGCACUCUUGA